UUAACAUGUUCGAGUGGUGUCCGCGAUGGUCCAACCGUCCUCCAAAGGUCACCAUACCCUAAACAUCCGAUCCUACGUUUUGUUAUCGGCAGUUGUAUCCUUUAGCGUGAUGUUUGCCGUGCUAGCGACAGCUUUUUCGGUCACAAGAUCCGCAGUUCUCUCUCGGCCUCAUUAUUCUCCGUUACAUGCCUUCUCGUCGACAAGACUCGUUUGCUGGGCAUCUUCUUCGCCAGAAUCCGAGCCCAAGAAAGGGCGUGGCAACGAUGCGGUACGAAAACUGUUACAUAUUAUUACAGCUCGUUGCGAAAAGCUGCAAGCGAACCGCAUGCUAGCCGACACUCCGAACCCAAGGCACUGGAAUAAAACUCGUAACUUUUUGUACCGUAACGCCGACAGACUCUCAUCCAGUCAGGUCCGCCAAGUGCUCGACUUCUUGGAGGAAGCUUUCCCAAGCGACGGGGAGCUGGUGGUAUCCGUUCUCCAGCAGUCGCCUCGAAUAUUGCGAAAGAACGUGCGAACUCAUUUGCAACCAACGGUGGCCUUUUUGCGACAGCUCUACGACGAGGAAUUGUUUUACCAAGCUGUGUCUCGAAAUCCUGACUUGCUCUUGACGACGGGAGUUGGAUAUGACACCGAUGCGCUCGAUGCAGUCACGGUGUUUCUGCAAGACGAAUUGGACUUGUCCAUAGCGACAGUGUCCAAGUUAAAACGCACAGCUCCAUUUGUCUUUCAAAUAAAAUUGGCGCAAUUGUUCCUCAACGUAUUCUUUCUGAAAAAUGUUUUACAAGAUGGAGGAUAUUCAGAUGAGGUAAAAAUCAACAAGGCGAUCGGUAAAGUGGUGUCUUCUCAUCCCCAGAUUCUGCAAUUAUCGGUGGAAAAGAAGCUCCAACCAGCGCUUGACUAUUUGAGAGCACAGUGGCAACUGGAUCCACGCGAUAUCUCAACAGUGGUAUUUGGGAGUGGUGGUGCAGUCUUGGGAUUAUCUUUAGUUGAUAAUUUGCAGCCCACUGUACGCUUUUUAAGUCAAGUCCUCGCUAAGUAUGAUACCGAUGACGUAUCCUCGGAAUUGCGUCGGUGCAUCGUUGCCCAUCCCGGGUUGCUUUGUCUCUCGAUUACGAACUUACGCGCCAAAGUAGAGUAUUUUAACAGCAUUGACAUCUGCAGCAACAGCAACAUCUCUAAGCUUGGCAGUCACAAAAGAUCAAAUUCCUCGUUGGCGGCUCGCAUUUUGACGCGUGCACCCGCUGUCUAUUCGCUGAGCCUGGCUACGAAUAUUGUCCCUACCAUUGAGUUUCUCUCCUGCGUGUGGGGGACUACCGCUAAACAGUCAGUUGUCAUGCAAGGAAAUCCAACGACGGAGAUCGGAAAUCAAUUGAAGGGUGGCUCAGGGGUUAGCUUGAUGAGGCAGCCUGCUUUGGCAGCGUUGUUAAAGGAAUACCCAACAGUUCUUACAUUGAGUCUAGAAGGCAAUUUGCGACCGACGGUCAAGUUCUAUAAUCGCACGAAGUACAUUUUCUUAGAUGCUGAUUGGAAUAAUGUUGCCAAUGGUAUUGCACCUUUCGAAUCUGCGAAAAGUCCUACAUUGCGUGGUAGGUACCUGGCAGCGUCCUUGUUUCAUCGCCUCCUCCCCCGCUGGCACUACUUCUGCUGCUGUGACACGAUCGAAACGAAUAAAUCGCGCAGCCCCAAAGGGCUAGCAUUGCCCGCAAAACCGCCAUUGCACAUUUUGGUGAGUUCGUCGGACGCUGCCUUCUGCGAGCACAUGGGAUUUGAUCCCGAUGACUUCCGGGACUUCCAAACUCAGGCAAUUCCGAGACUCAAAUUCAGUUCACAAUUUGACACCUGGUUGAGAACCGGACGACCAAUUGAUGAGUAG